AAAAUAAGGAAAUGACAGGCAUGUAAUUCCUGGCAAACCAGCCCUGUUUUACUACCAGGAAAUAAAUAAAAGCUGAUCUACACAAACUUGACAUUCAGUCAUACAGGCUUGGCUCAGACAACAGUUUAAGCAAAGAAAAUCUUUUGCAAUAGGAAUGUCUGAGGCCGUUGGUAAACAGUGGGCCAUUCUUGUGGCUGGGGCAAAGGACUGGUACAAUUAUGGCUUGCAGGCCAAUAUCUGCCAUGCAUAUCAGUUAGUUCACAGGAACGGAAUCCCAGACGAACAGACUGUGGUUAUGAUGUAUGAUGAUAUUGCCGACAAUGAGCAGAACCCUUACAAAGGAAACAUUAUUAAUCAACCAAACGGACCAAAUGUUUACCCUGGAGUAUUAAAAGACUACACCGGAGAUGAUGUUACACCUGAAAACUUCCUGGCUGCACUGCGGGGGGAUGAGAGUGCUGUGAUCAAGACUGGACCAAAAAAAGUCAUCAAAAGUGGCAAGAAUGACACAAUCUUUGUCUUCCUGUCAGACCACGGAGCUCCUGGCUUAUUCUGCUUUCCUUCAUCCUCACUGUAUGCAAUUGAUUUUAUUGAGGAGCUCCAAACUAUGGCUAAAAAUAAGCAAUUUGCAAAGAUGGUGAUAUUUAUGGAGUGCUGUUACUCCGGAUCAAUGCUGGAGAAUCUCCCUGAAAAUAUCAGCAUCUAUGGUGUUACAGCAUGUCCUCCUGAUACUGAGGCAUAUUUUUGCUUUUUUGACGGGGAAAGGCAGACCUUUCUCGCUGCAGAGAUGUCAGCCGUUUGGAUGUCUUACACCGAAGUGUCUGUCCUUGAUAAGAUCACAUUCCAGGAUGAAUUCAGAAAUUUGCAAGGCCAAAUGAAAAAGUCAGUCCCGUGUGAGUAUGGUGACAAGGACGUUAGCAUGUUAACAGUCAGUAAGUUUUUGAAAAACUCCCCCGCAUCUGCUGGGGACACCAAGAAAGGCCUAAGCCCAACAGAUCUGGUCUCCUUCUAUGAGGCACCAUUCAGAAUCCUGGAGUACCAAAUUGAGAGAGAAGCUGAUCCUGUGAAAAACGAUGCUCUCAAGAAAAAAUAUGAUGAUCUUCGAAAGACAAAAUCUAACAUUGAAAGUGCUGUGGAGGAGAUGCGUAAGUACUGCAGUGCCGGAGGAGUGGAACAUGCCACAACUGCCACUACAUCACUCAACCUCAAUCAGCUACAACACUUCAAAACUGUGGCUGAGUUUUUCAGGACCACAUGCUUUAACUGGCAUGAAUCACAGUUUCAGUAUGCCCUAUCACAGCUCAAUGUCUUUAACAAGCUCUGUGCCGCUGGAGUGGACACUAAAGGGAUCUUGGAAGCCAUAAAGCAAGUAAGAAGAACCUCCUCUGUCUUUGAGUGAACGACACAGUCCUGAAGGGCCCUGAUGGAAAUGACAAAGAAUGACGAAUCACUCAAGCAAAUCAAAUCUGAAAACUGGUACCUUUAAAUGAUCCUGACUACAUAUAAUUCAGCAGGUACCAAGUCGUUAAUCAACCGGUCAAAAAAUCUUCAUAAUUAACAAUAUAUUAACGAUCAGUUUCUUCUUUCCAAUCAUUUUAAAAACGUUCUAUAAAAGCCUAGCAAGUAUUUUGCAUUAAAUGACAUGGGACUGGGGAUUGCUUGUGGGGAGAGGCCAGCAUCCUGUUCAGAGCGACUCAUUUCAGCAGUUUUUGAAGAUGCUCCAUGAAACUUUCUGAGACAACAAAAUAAAAAGUACUUUGUUUGAAAAGUAGCUCCUAUGAUUUCUGUAUGUACUCACAACUCGUGGAAAUAAAAUCGAACACACAAACAUGUAACGACAGUAAAAGUGGACAUGCAGACUCCCUGAAGUGAAAAUGUUUUUAAAAAAAAGGUAUUUGCUAAUAAAUUUGCUUGUUUACUCAA